AUGGAGCCCCACAUCAAGAUAUUGUUGAAUGGGUCCAUCAUCGGUCUUCUGGUGAAGGUCUUCUAUCUCCUCUGCAUGCUGGCACCUGGGAAGGACCCAGAGAGAGCUCUGAGUCAGCCCGUGAAACUGCUAUUUUUCUUAGAAGUGGGAUACAGUACGGCGCUUCAAAUGUCUGUGCUUGUGAUACUCUUUGCGGAGUGGUACUACAACAUUCUGGACUAUUUGGUGAGGUUGGUCAUGCUGGCUUGCAUGUCCUCAUUCGUAUGGCUCAGUGUCUUCUACUACACCAAGAUCGUCCCAAACCAGCGACCGCUCUUCAUCUGGUUGAGGAGGAACAUCAGUGCAGUUGUCGACGGUGGCCUUAUUGUUGACACGCUCUACCUUAGUACAAAAUGUGUACUUUUCGUAGGUUAUGAGUAUGUUGACUCCACCCACAGCUUGAACAAAUACACAGUCUAUACGUUUAUAUAAAUUGAACUAUUUUUCACAGACACACACACACCCUGACAUUCUGGCUAAUGAGCUAUGGUUCAAAUAACGGCUCCUGUUAACUUUAACAAAGUCUGCGUGGAGUUGCUUAGCACAAAUCUAUUUCACAUAAGGUUGAAGUCAUCUAAUUUCAGGGACAUGUUGAAAAUGUGCUAAAACUAAUUACAAAGAAUAAUAUAACCAUAAUAUAUGUAAUGUAACUACUUUUUGAGCUCUGACAGAAAUGCAGUAUGGUUUCAAUAAAGAAAUCAUGAAAUACUCAUGUACUUUUCUUCCGUGCUUUUGAAAAUAAAUACAUUUGACUUCAUAUCUAUGAAAAACAUGCAACUGGGAAACUUUCAUGGAAGUAGGUCCCCUUAUUGAAUCUAAAACUAGUUACAGUUUAUCAAGGAAUCUAGAUGAGAUACACUGUGACUUCACAUGAGAAAUGACAGUAGACGGAGAAUGAGGUCUACAGUAGAUCCCUUAUCUGGGAUAGAUGAAAACAAAGGACAACACAGCAGAAGCCUCUGUAGUGCGAAAUGUGUGUGUGUGUGUGUGUGUGUGUGUGUGUGUGUGGUGUGUGUGUGUGUGUGUGUGUUUGGUGUGUGUGUGUGUGUGUGUGUGUGCUUGCGUGUGUGUGAACAAACACACAGACAUAGUAUGGGAUUCACUGCGGGUGGUAUCUCUUGAUUAAGAAUUGAUAUGUUUGCUUUAUAACGAAAACUUUGGAAAGCUGAUCAUGGGAACCCAUGCCCACACUGUUACCGUUGAUGGCACAUUAACAUAUCACGGAAACGUCUGAAUCUGCACUUAAAGAAAUUGAAAGUUUUACAUAAUACAUUAGCACACACAUCAAUUAUUUAAAUAAUAGAUUUAAGGUAUUCUAACACAACAGAACAUAUCAAGGAAAUUGCACUGUAGAAAAAGUGUUGAGACCAUCAAAUAUAUUCAAACUAAAUUGAAAAAAGUAGCACUUUCUGAGAGGGAAAAGCACUCCACACACUGCGGUAGCAGCAUAACAUGAGAAAUACUUAUUUGAGAUAAGAAAUAAAAAAUAUUGCUGAUGGAAAGCCACAGAAGAGUCUCAGGCAGAAAUAACUGAUUGUAAUGUAUGCCAUAAAGUUUGGCACAAUCACAACGAUUUCAGCCGAUUGGUGCCUGUACACAUAUAAUAACUCUUAACUACAAAUAUCCUGCCGUUAAUUUACAAUUCAUGUAACUAAUAUAUUCAGCGUUGUAGAUGGGUGAGAAACAUGUAAUUAAAUACCUUUUCAGGUGCGUGCUUGCGUGUUUGUGUGUGUGUGUGUGCGUGAAAUCCUCUGAGAUAGCCAAUCAGAGGUCUGUCUGGGCCUGCCUGUCCAUGGGAAUGUAGCACUGGAUGUUUUCAGUCAUUACAAUAAACAAGCAUCCAUCUAACGGAUGA